UACUAGAGAAUUCACAAAGAAGAAAAUAUUACAUGAGGAGAAGAGAGCACUACACUGACAGACGGAGAUCGGUAGGUGACAGUAAACCCAAACUGAAACCGACCAGUCUUUCUCUUGAUCUGCUUGUGGGGGUGUGUGUGUGUGUGUGUGAGUUUCUGCAAUGGGGAGUAAGGAAGAGGACAGAGGCGGAGAAGAAGAAGAAGAAGAAGAGAACGAGGCCGCGUGGCUUGUUGGCAUCAAGAACCUUCAGAUUCAGCCUUACCCUCUUCCUCCUUUAGGCCCUCAUGAUGUCAAGGUACGGGUGAAAGCUCUCGGCAUAUGUGGAAGUGAUGUUCAUCAUUUCAAGACGAUGAGAUGUGCCAGCUUCAUCGUGAAGAAGCCGAUGGUGAUAGGGCAUGAGUGCGCAGGCAUCGUAGAAGAAGUUGGAACUGAAGUGAAAUCUCUUGCUGUAGGCGAUCAUGUUGCAUUAGAGCCUGGCAUCAGUUGCAGGAGGUGCAGUCUAUGUAAAGAUGGCCGCUACAACCUUUGCCCCGAGAUGAAGUUCUUCGGUUCUCCCCCAACAAACGGUUCCCUUGCGAAUAAGGUGGUGCAUCCUUCCUACCUGUGUUAUAAACUUCCCGACAACGUGAGCCUAGAAGAAGGGGCAAUGUGCGAACCCCUCAGUGUCGGGGUCCAUGCCUGUAGACGUGCAAAUAUAAAUCCUACAACGAAUGUUCUUAUUAUAGGAUCUGGACCGAUAGGACUGGUGACUCUGUUGGCAGCCCGGGCAUUCGGAGCUCCGAGGAUCAUCAUUGUCGAUGUUGACGAUGAACGAUUGUCCAUUGCCAAAAGUCUCGGCGCAGAUGGGAUUGUUCAGGUCUCACAAGAUAUUAAGCUUGUAGAUGAAGAGGUGGGACUGAUACAGAAAGCCAUGAGUUCGAGAAUUCAUGUGAGCUUUGAUUGCGUUGGGUAUAGCAAAACCAUGACUACAGCUUUAAACGUCACUCAUUCAGGUGGCAAGGUUUGCCUUAUCGGGCUGGCCCUGACCGAGAUGACUGUCCCACUUGCUCCGGCUGCUGCAAGGGAGAUUGAGGUGAUUGGGAUAUUCCGGUAUCGGAAUACAUGGCCUCUGUGCAUUGAGUUCCUAAGGACUGGGAAGAUCGAUGUUAAACCUCUCAUAACCCACAGGUUCGGGUUCUCGCAGGAGGAGGUUGAGCGAGCCUUCGAGACCAGUGCUCGUGGCGGGAAUGCUAUUAAAGUCAUGUUUAACUUGUAGACUGUAAGAAACGAAUUAUAAUGAUAUUUGCAUACAAGAAUGAGAUAGGGUUAAUAAAUAAAUAAAAAAAACACUUAUCACAUUUUAAUAAUUCGAGCA